AUGAAUAUAAAAAUUCCUGAUUUUGAAAAUGUAGAAGAAACCGAGGUCUCGUGGCAGUCAUGUGCCUCCUGUUGCCCACAUAGAUCAUCGAACUUUGACCCAUGGAAUCUUGAGGAACAUCAAGUUCGAAACCGAAGCAACCACUGCGGGUCGCCGCCGUCAGUUGUAGCCCACACAGCACACGGCCUUGGUUUCUGUGUGGCACAAGGCCAUCAGCAAGGAGACUUCUUAAUGAUGAUUUAGCCGGCAACACUUUUCCAAGCUAACCAGUGUUGUGUGUGAAACUUGAGGCCAUGGGGAAGGCAGUGUGCUGGAUGACCAUGUGAUCAUCCCUGAGAGCUCAUCAUCCUAUUGGAGUGCACCUGUUGGGUGAGCUGAAAUGCUCUUUGUCAGUGUCUGCUUCAGGUUCUUGUUCAGCACCUAGUAUUAUAGAGAAAAAAGUAUUUGUAGUGUCUUAAUCAGUUCAGGUGGAGGUUCUGUGUACGAAAGUCAGAAUGUAUGAAUCCUAUGGCAUUGGCUGGAAUGUGUCAAAGUAUUUUCUUGUGCAAUAUCUGUUUGAUAAUAACUUCUAUAUUUUUAGAAAUGUCUGUCUGUUACAGAGUAAUUAUUUUUUAGCGAUCUGUUGCUGUAUACACAGUUCAUGUUUUAAUCAGAGGAAAUACAUUGUUUUGAGGUUACUGAAUGUUAUUGUAAAGAUUUGUCUAGGCACAACGAGGAGCUUCCGAAUGUGAGGGAUGUGCAUGUAUAGUAUUGCUAUACUAAUAUUGUAGUGCAAAAUGUGAAUUACUGCUCUUGAAAAUUACUCAUGCCUUUAUUUAGAGAAUAGUUCGAGAACUAUUUUAGGUAAUGAUAGAAGCUUGAGUUGAUUGGAAGGCAAGAGCUUCAAGGAACUGUUUGGACUGAGAUUCAUGGUUUGUUUUUUCUCUAAAUAGGAGUUGAAUGAAGUGCAAUGUUUCAAAAUGUUUUAAGUAUCUGAGAAUGACAAGAUUAGUGACAUGAAUUUAAUAAACAUUUGCUGCAUUUUUAAGUUACCUGUUCAGAACACAUCCUAUAAUCAAGUUAAUAGCCUUCAUCUGCACUACCCUGUCUGUUCAACUCUUUGAAAAGUCACAGGGUUUGCUUUUUCUGUUCAUUUUCCCAAGUCACAAAUACUAUUUCAGAUAUAAUUUAUAACUACUGGUAUAGAUUUAUUGAAUUAUGGGAAAAAUGAGUUCUGAAUAUCAUAAGGAUAAAGUUGAAACGAUUCGAUGAAAGACUUUAUGGGAUGUAUUGUUCUUAUUUGUUGAUAUUGAGUAGUGAAAAAUUUGCCAAAUUGACAGUUAUGUAAAUUCUGUACUGUCAUUUUUUUUU